UAGAGAUACUGCAGUAAGAGUUUAUCUCUGUGUAUGUGUGUGGGUGUUCAUGUAUAUACUCGACCUUCACCCUGUGCUUCUGAAUACCUGCUUUUGGCAAUGCUGUACCAGCAUGGGCUCUUCCGCAUCAGGCUGCGGCAACUUUAUUUUAAUCAGAUGUUUGCUUGUGUGAAUAGAAUGAAGCAGAAGGCAAGCACCAGUACACCUUGGCAAAGACGAACAAGCAGUAAAAAGCCCUACAGAUUCAUAAGAAGCUGCAUGUAAUGUUUCAUUUUAAGUUAGGAGUCAUCUUGUAUUUUCACUCUGCCUGUCUUUGUUCAUCGACCUAGUGAAAAUAAUUACAGUGGGUCUUAUAUCCUUCGAUCCAUCCAUUUUGUCUGUGUACUGGGGAAACCCUGAGGAGUUAAAUAUUCAUCCCUUUUGGCAGUGAUUUGUUUAAACGCUUAUUUUGGAAGUCUCAUAUGCAGACAGAAGGAAGCACAAGACAGUUGCCAGCAACAGCUCUGUCACAAGUACUUCGUUGUUCUCAGAUUUAUUGUGUGUCAGAGGGUGCAAUCAAUGAGACUCUGUCUGUGGAAUCAUGUGGUCACUGCACAAGGCAACUGUCUCCUUCUCAUUUCCCUCAGAAGUCAUAGAGUGAUAUCCACUGGGAAAGGCAGAUACACUGAUUAACAAGGAUUAAAAAGUUGUCCUGUUAAAGCCACAGGUACUUGCUGGACAGAAGACUGUACUAAUGUGGUGUCAGAUUACUUUAAUCUGAGUAAGAUAUUCAACUUUUGAAUAGGCUUAUGUAGACAUUACCAUCUAUAUUUGUUUAACUAGAACCUACUUAAACAUUUCGCUUCAUUUUGAUGGAACAGGACAUUACAAGGAUCUUUCUGAUGGACAUCUCGAUUGCCAAUAGCAUUGACAGGUGGGGAUGUAUGAAAAAUUCAACAAGAGAAAUCUUUGUCUCUGAAACUUUCAUCCUGCCAACUACUCCAGUCUCCUCCCAUAGGCAUCUUUAGAGUUUUUAGCCUUGAUUAUUUUGAUUAGAAGUAUAAUUGCUACAGUGUGAAUGCAUCCAAACUUCAUAAAAUUGCAGCCACUCAGCAGACCUCAUAGUAGUGGCUUCUACUCUGUUUUCAUAUUGCUUGCCUAUAAAGCUGUGAAAUGGAACAUCCCAGUAUUAUGGCAAGCUAAAUUAACAUUUAGAGAACUGCCCACAAUGUGUGAGAUGCAUUAAAUCAUCUGGACUCUAAGCAAACAUCUCUUCAGCUCUGUGCCAUGGACUGUCUGGAAAUCUUCUCUAAAGUCUGCCCCGGAAGUUGCUGCUCUGAAAUUUAAAAACUAUUUUUUCUAUUUUUUUCUGAAAGUGUCACUUCUCCUUUUGUUGGUUACUGGUGUGUUUACCCUUGUCCGUGGAAAUCACUUUAGGAUUACUAUUAUUAUAACAUUAAAAUUAACAAAAAUAUCGACCUACAACAGUUCUGUCAUACAAAGGGGAAGAAAGCUUAACACAGAACAUGGAUUUGGCUGUGAGCAGCACAAUGACCUUGGCAAGUGACACCAACUCAUGGCAAUUUUGAUCUGUUUCACGGAUGCUUGAAUGCUAAACAUUUGUGUUUAUGUUCUAAUUGCAUCAAUGGGAGAAAAAGUAAUUGUUCUGAUUACUCCUGUGUAAUAGCUUUUCUAAAAUAGAAACCUACUGUGCGACAGUGUCGCUGCCUACUCUGAGUCAUCCUCCAUCCCCACAGCACUUUGCUCACAGCUUCCUCAGGCACUGGUGUGAGAAGUUGUCUCGUGUCACAACAGCGGCCUAUCCAGCCAGUGGUCAAGAAGGGUCAAUGCAGGAAAUUCUUUUCAAGCUAAGCAGAGCAAGUUGUUUAUUACAUCAUGUGUUACAAUAAAGAGUUAAAAAGGGAUCCAGACAAAUAAAACAGCAAGACGUUAAAGCAGAAGUGAGUGUUAUAAAGAGGAAGAGCUCUGCAGUGAAAACUCCGUGGCUUUAGAUUCCUCUCCUGCUCAGGGUGUCAAAGCAGUUCAUCGACCUGAAUGGCCAGGGCCGCUGGCAGGAUCUGGGGCUCCAGCAAACACAUCAAGUGAAAAUGGUCUUCAGCAAACAGCCUGUGCUGGCCGGACCAGGUGCAAAGCAGCAACCCGACCUGGAUGGGACAUCAGUCCACUGCCAAGAAAACUCGCGAACAUACCCACAAGGCUAACUUAGUCACCAAUUGCACAAAUCUAAUGUGGCCAGUCUGGUCUGAUGGCCCUGCACUUUUAAUUCAAAAGACUGUUGGCUCAGUCCUCACCUCUGACUCACUGUAUGACUCUGGUCAAUCUGAGAUUAUUGGGUUUCUGUCGUUCUUUGGAACUGCAUCAGAGUUUUUGUUCCAGGUCAGACAUUUGCCGUCAGCCAGUCAUAUUUAAAGUAAGCCUGUCUGUCAUAAAGCAUGGCCUGUACAUAAAGACAAGCAGUGUCCUGCUUGAAGAAAAUUAAACCUCUUCCCUCAUCAUCCAUGAAAACAUGUUCAAAAUCCUCUGAGUUUUAUGGAAAAAAAUCUGUCAUCGUUUACAUUCUGAAGACACUGAAGGACAGAGCUACAGUGCCCCAUUAUGAGUGUCAGCUCCAAGAUGAAGCCUGCUCCUGGGUCCCUGCAGGGCUCAGGCAUCCCAGUUCCCAAAAGCCUCAUGAAGCCACCAAAGCCACCACAGACAACCCAAAAAUCCAACCCUUGCAAAGGCCAAGCAGCCCAGCUCACAGUAAGUGGCCAAUCAUUUAAAGAAGGUGGAAAGAACCAGCAUCAAGGUCUGAAUGAUGGGAGCAAGAUUCUUCGCAGAAGUGCUAUCCCCCUUGCCGCUGGCUCGUCUGAAGGCCUAUGCCAGUUGAACAAAGAGACUGGGGUUAGGUCCGCCUUUAAUAGCCCUCAGAUUCCACGAAAGGAGGCACCACGAUCUAAGGACACCCUAGACCUCCAUGUGAAGUCUCUCUCCCUUGAAGUAUGUAGAGAAUUAAGGAGAAAUGUAAACGGGAAUUCUUUUGGGGCAAACCUGCAGCCUGGACUCAACGCCAAUGAGAUGAAACCAACAAAUCAAUCUAAAGGGAAAUAUACCAAUGACAAUCUGCUUAUGGGGCUUUAUCGACAGAAUAAAAGUAAGCUCAUUCAGGAUCCUCAUGCUGAUGUAAAAGUAUGUAGCUUAACAAACCAAGAGAUUGACACAUCAAAGAUGGUGCCAAAGCCAGCAAAGCCAGCUGAGGACAAAACAAUCAAAGUUGUCUCACCAAGCAAGCUCCCUCACUCCAACCUGGCCACAGUUGCCCCUUUUCGGCGUCACGUGUCAGCCGAAGAUGGUAUGUCUUCAGUAGAGGACUUGAGUGACUGUUCAUCAAACUCCAUGGAGCUUGACUGUCAAGAUUUAAAUCCUGAAUCCCAGCGUAAGCGCACUGUACAGAAUGUCCUGGAUUUGAGACAAAACCUGGAGGUUACCAUGUCCAGUCUGAGGGGGUCACAACUUUCUCAUAGCUGUCUGGAGAACACAGUGUGCUAUGACAGUGAUGACGCCAACCCACGUAGUGUGUCUAGUUUAUCCAACCGGUCAUCCCCCCUCUCCUGGCGCUAUGGCCAAUCCAGCCCUCGACUUCAGGCCGGAGAUGCUCCUUCUUCAGCGGGAGGAUACCAUGGCCAAGGAGCACAGUAUGCAGCCCAUACAAUGCCCAUGCGCAGCUCAAGCCGACUGAGUCACAUAUCGCGCAUCGAACUGAUUGAAAGCUUGGAUUCUGAUGACACUGACCUAAAGUCUGGAUACAUGAGUGACAGUGACCUCCUGGGUAAAAGUUUGCCUGAUGACGAAGAUGAUGAUCUUACUAAUGGCUGGGAUGAAAGCAGUUCAAUCAGCAGUGGCUUAAGUGACGCCUCUGACAACCUUAGUUCAGAAGAAUUCAAUGCCAGCUCCUCCCUCAACUCCUUGCCAACAACUCCAAUUGGGUCUCGCCGCAACUCUGCUAUAGUGCUGCGCACGGAUGCAGAAAAGCGUUCCCUGGUGGAAAGUGGCCUGUCUUGGUAUAGUGAGUCUGAGGCGAAAGGGCACCGUAAUACAGAGAGUGGAAGCUACGACACCGGCAGCUUGAAAUCCGAUUCAUCUGGCCGCUGGAGAAAAGUGCAGUCUGAGACAACAGAAGAGUCCUGUAAAACUGAGCUGAAGAAGCCACAGUCUCUUGGCCCACCAAAUGCCUUAAAGAAAGGCAAGAACCCACCUGUUGGGGUGACUUCACCAAUCACGCACACAUCACACAGUGCACUUAAAGUUGCAGGAGUUAAAGGUGACAGUAAAGCUGUUGAUAAAGCAAAGCUGACGGUUAAAGCUACAAGUUUGCAAAGGUCAUGUUCUGAUGCAGGAAAGGACCGAGGGGAAUCCCGAAAACCUCCCUCAGGGAUCAGUCGGCCUUCAGCAGGCGGAUCUUUUGGUUACAAAAAGCAGCCACAAGCUACUGGUACUGCCACUGUAAUGACUGCUGGAGGAACAGCUAUCUCUAGUGGCUCUGCCACAGUUGGAAAGACAACCAAGAUUUCUGGAAUACCUGUUAAACCCUUAGGAGGUACUAGUGGUGGAAGUACCUCUGGUGGUAGGAAAACCAGCCUGGAUGUUUCAAACUGCGCUGAGGGCUUCCUGUCACCGACAGCUCGUACCAAUAUCCAGUAUCGCAGUUUGCCAAGACCUGCCAAAUCCAGCACUAUGAGUCUCACAGGAAGAGGUAGCAACCGACCUGUCAGUAGCAGCAUUGAUGCCAGCCUUCUAAGUUUCAAACCCAGUACAGGUUCCCCCCGAAUGAAGGAGCUUGGUACUUCCAAAUCCAGUGGACGAGCCAGCCUUGGCCCUGUGAACCAGACAGACCGUGAGAAAGAGAAAGCUAAGGCAAAGGCAGUUGCUUCAGACUCUGAAUGUGGACCAUUAAAAUCUACUGCAACUACUCCUGAACCCAGUCCCAAAGUUCAGGGCCUUCGACCACCAACAGGAACCAAGUUUUCAGAACUUUCAUCACCCAUUUCUCACAGGGUACUAACCUCAAAGUCUUUGGGUAAGCCUCCUACACUUGCCCAUUUGGAUAAGGUUAACUCCAAUAGCCUGGACUCUGGGAUGAGCAACCAAGAGCAACCCUCUGUUGGACCAGUCUUUAACAAACUUCAGGAUAUCCAGGCAACCACAAGCACUUGUCUGACCCCUAGCCCAGCACCUGUCCUCAAUGUCAAUUCUAACAGCUGCUUUUCCUCACAAGGAAUUAGUCUAGGGACUUCUCCAUUGAUGUAUCCUAAGCUCUCUGGACUGCAUCGCAGUAUGGAGUCCCUGCCCUUGCAAAUGAGCAUGCCAUCAGCAGCUGGAUACCCUAGUGCUGAACCCAAUAUUAAGGACGAAGCACAAAACACUUCAAGCUGGAACUCCAGUGCUCGAGCUUCAGUUGGAGACAGCUCCCAAAGAGAUAGAAAUACCCUGCCUAAGAAAGGAUUAAGUCGUUAUAGCCUGUGUUCAUCAGAAGAAGAGAGUAAAGAAAGAAGACAUUCUCAUGCCAUAGGGGUUGUUCCUGAAGCUGAAUGCCCACCACAGCUGUCUUCACCCUCAUCUGUGUCAUUGAGCUCCACCGGAAAGGCGCCCUUCACAAACGUUGUGAGUCCUACGGGAACAACAACUCCUCGAAUGACACGCUCAAACAGCAUUCCUACCCAUGAUGCAGCAUUUGAACUGUAUGGUGGGUCUCAAAUGGGAAGCACUCUGUCCCUUGCGGAUCGAUCCAAGGGUAUGAUUCGUUCUGGCUCCUUCCGGGAUCCUGCUGAUGAUGUCCAUGGCUCUGUUCUGUCCUUGGCAUCCAGUGCUUCUUCAAACUAUUCCUCGGCUGAGGAAAGGAUGCAGGGAGAGCAAAUCCGUAAAUUGAGAAGGGAACUGGAAUCUUCACAAGAAAAGGUGGCCAGCUUGACAAAUCAGCUUUCAGCCAAUCAGGCUAACUUAGUAGCUGCAUUUGAGCAAAGUCUAGUCAAUAUGACAUCACGACUCCAGAGUUUGUCUGCCAGUGCAGAACAGAAGGACAGUGAGUUAAAUGAUUUACGGGAGACCAUUGAAAUACUAAAGGCAAAAAAUCUAGAGGCUCAAGCAGUAAUUCAAGGAGCCCUGAAUAACCCUGAUACUACACCUAAAGAGCUGCGUAUAAAACGGCAAAAUUCAUCAGACAGUAUAUCCAGCCUGAAUAGCAUCACAAGCCACUCAAGUAUUGGUAGCUGUAAAGAUGCUGAUGCCAAGAAAAAAAAGAAGAAAAGUUGGUUGCGAAGUUCCUUUAACAAAGCAUUCAGCAUAAAGAAGGGCCCAAAAUCAGCAUCAUCAUAUUCUGAUAUUGAGGAAAUUGCGACGCCAGACUCUUCUGCACCUUCUUCUCCAAAGCUGACUCAUGAAGGGAAUGACAUCAAUCCACCCCUUAAACCACCUUUGUCCCCUGCAUCCUCUGUGAUCCCUGAGGUAAAGGAGGAACCAGAAAAUGAGGAAAAGGUGGUUUCUGAGCUACGUUCAGAACUUUGGGAAAAAGAAAUGAAGCUAACUGAUAUCCGACUAGAGGCACUGAACUCUGCCCAUCAGCUAGAGCAACUACAGGAAGCAAUGAAUAACAUGCAGAUGACUGUAGAAAACCUGAAAGCUGAAAAUGACCAGCUUAAGACCGGGACAAGUUUGGUUCCUAGCCUUGCCUCCACUUCUUCACUGUCACAGCCACAGGGUUUGACUACACUGUUAACUCCAUCACCCUGGCAAUCUAUGUCCCUGCCACUCACGCAGUCCUUCAGCCUCAGUCUCAAUGAUUGUACAGAUACAGAAUUGUCUCCCAUGGAUGCUGCAAGUCUCUCAUCUCAGAAAGACGAGAAUCGUUUGAGAGUGGUUGUUCGUGUGACUGACCAUCACGUGUUCAGAGAUGAGGUCAAACAACAAGAGUUCUUUAUUGGCUGUGUGAAGUUCAGCAGCAAAUCAGACUGGAGCUUUCUGGAUUCACUGGUCUGCCAGGUUUUCAGGGAUUACAUUAAAAAGGUAGACCCUUCCUCGACCCUUGGCCUUUCCUCUGAUUCAAUUUACAGUUACAGCAUCAACCAUGGACGAAGAGUACUGGGAGCAGAUGUCCCAGAAAUGAUGCCUUAUCGGUGUAUGGGCAAAGGAACUAGUUUUGUGGCUGUGGUACUGAAAGGUCUUAAGGAGAAGUGUGUGGACAGCCUUGUGUUUGAGACCCUGAUCCCUAAGCCUAUGAUGCAACAUUACAUAAGCUUGCUGUUGAAACAUCGCCGUCUUGUUCUUUCUGGUCCCAGUGGGACAGGUAAAACAUACCUUACCACACGGCUGGCAGAGUAUUUGGUGGAAAGAUCGGGUCGUGAUAUAACUGAGGGUAUUGCUGUCACCUACAACAUGCACAAGCAGUCCUGCAAGGAUCUGCAGCUUUAUUUGUCUAACCUGGCCAAUCAGAUUGAUCGGGAGACUAGCACAGGUGAAGUGCCCCUAGUAGUUAUUCUAGAUGACCUUAAUGAUGCUGGAUCUAUCAGUGAGCUGGUCAAUGGAGCUUUGACAUGCAAAUAUCACAAAUGCCCCUACAUCAUUGGAACAACUAAUCAGCCUGUGAAGAUGACGCCCAAUCAUGGUCUUCACCUCAGCUUCAGGAUGGUCACAUUCUCUAAUAAUGUUGAACCAGCCAAUGGUUUCCUGGUCCGAUACUUGCACAGGAAACUUAUUGAGGCAGAGAAUGAAUCCACUGUCAACAAUCAGGAUUUGCUUCAGGUCCUCGAUUGGGUGCCAAAGCUCUGGUAUCAUCUUCACGCUUUUUUAGAAAAACAUAGCACUUCAGAUUUUCUCAUUGGUCCUUGCUUCUUCCUGUCCUGCCCAGUUACAGUUGAGGAGUUCAGGACUUGGUUCAUUGACCUAUGGAACCAUUCCAUCAUACCUUACCUUCAGGAAGGAGCCAAAGACGGAAUCAAGGUACAUGGGCAAAAAAAUGCAUGGGAGGAUCCAGUAGAGUGGGUGAGAGGUACUCUUCCAUGGCCUUCUGCUCAGCAGGAUCAAGCCAAACUUUUUCAUCUGCCUCCUCCAAGUGUUGUAGCCGCUGGGCCGUCUGUAAGCACAGGGCAGCAGAGUGAGGAGAGAAACCCUAAAGAGACCACACCUAGCUCCCUGGAGUCUGAUCCACUUAUGGCUAUGCUACUUAAACUGCAAGAGGCAGCCAAUUAUAUCGAAUCUCCUGAAAAAGAGACAGAUCUGAACACAAGCCUCCAGCCAACACUCUGAAUUCUCCUGUGCAAACAAUAGACUAUUUGCCGCUACCAUGGCUAGAUCUGUUAAAGAAACAAAGGAAAAAAAGUACCAGAGUUCCAGGAAUGGUCACAGCCCAGUUUUAACAGUGGAAACACAGACAGCAGACUUCACUUGUACUUUAACUAUUAGAAAGAUUAGAUACUGCUAUAAAGGAUACACAUGGAUUACAUCUUUAUUAAUUAAGGAAGUGAAUUGACUGUAUUUGUAUUUUUGUUAUUUAAUCUUCAAGUGCAUGGCAAUCAUUGCAGCUGAAUUCAAACGGUUUUUCAGUUAUGUUUUAAUAAACAUGCCUUUUAUGAGAGAUCUGCAAGAAGACAAUACAUCUGUAGAAUCAUAUACCCUGCUGUUGCCCUUUCUCAUGGCUGGUGGCCAUGUUACUGUUGCUACAUCUAACUUAUCCUUGCAGUUAACGGGCAAUAAAGCACACGUAGGAAAUA